AUGCCCGCCAACCUCGACGCCCCGCCCGCCAUUCAGCUCAACGGUGCUACCGAGCCCACCACGAUGAAUCCCCAGCCCUCAGUACAGAACUUUGGCGAGCCGGCGCGGCCUGCGGUGCCCACGCGCAAUGACACGACUUUUUCCAAGUUCUCUACCGUGUCCGUGCCACCAGAAGGGUCUAUAUUAACGGGCAAACAAGAGCACUAUCUCAAGCGCGAACUCAUCUCCCAGCAAACCAAGUACGAAAUCGCCGAACUCUCCUCUCCUACAGCGCUGCGACGUUUUGGCGCGCCCUUUCGCUCAGAUGCCGGCGAAGUUGCGCCAGAAGACUCAGAACUGCCCCUCCUCCGCUACAUAUUCGUAAACCAUGUUCGCAACUUCCCCUUCCUGGACAAGGCCAAGGAGAAGGAGUUCUGGCAGGACAAACUCCAAGUUUUUCUGGAGUCCUUUGCGAGCAAAGACAUCUCAUCUUCGGAAGAUCGGUUGGAAGAGACCAAAAGAAGAAAGUUGGCGCUCAAAGCCGAGAAAUUGGUCGAGCUAAUGAUGGUAUCUGGUAUUCCUACCGCGUCAGGUUACGAAGAAAGAAUACGCUUUGCCGAAAUGGAAAUCGUAGAUAGACAAGCGGACGAGAAGGGACUCACCAUGAACACGCCGAGCGGCCACUCUAUCAACGGUUGGGACGUCAAUGUCUCAGGUGUCCGGACAACCUCCGAGUACCUCAUACGAGUAAAGCACGAUGGAGACAAAGAUUUCUAUAUUGGCCGUCGAUACGCAGACUUCGUCCAAUUACACAAGCGCAUACGUCUCGAACUUCCCGGCAAAGUACUCGCCCCGUUACCUCGAAAGAAUGCAAAAGAUGGGCUUCUACAGUCAAGUGUUGAUGACGAUGAUGUAAGCUCUAUCUCGUCGGGAUCUACCCAAGGGCCACCUCCUCCUGAACCUGAGAAUAGUGGUGGUGGUGGUCUGCGCAGCUAUAUCUUUGGUAGUGGACACAAGAAAAACGCCUCACAAACAUCGCUAGGAAGACGCUCGCCAAGGGCUUCGACGGACUACUCGGCGUACAAGGCCCCUCGGAAACUAUACAGGGAAGAACAACGUGUUUCUCUUCGUGCCUUCCUCCGAUCGUUUCUACACAAUGAGCGCAUUGCCCAGUCGAGUGCCAUGGCUGAAUUUCUGACACGCGAUCCCAUAGAGGUCAACGAGGAGGAGAUGGAAGACAUUCAAAGGCGAGAAGAGAUGGACAAGAAGCGCAUAGAAGAGCAAAGGCAGUUCUACGAAGUUGCACGCAAGCGAGCAGCGGAGCUUGAUAUCCACAUGGAGAAGUUCAGGAGAGAGAUUGUAGAAGCCAAUGGACUCUCCCACUUAUUCCAGGAGAUCAGGGUCAAGAACACGAUCGCAGAGCUCAAGCCAGAGUACCAAAAGUUCGCAGAGUGGUUACGGAUAGAAGUGGCUGCUACCAUCUACCAUUUGUUCCUAGCGGAAGACAACUCCCCCGAGCUAUUUGCUCAAGCGAAGCGCAUACACUCUCUCGUUCCAUACGGUGUCCUCAAGAACGUCAUUAGGAUAGCCAACCCUGCCGCAGUCAUGAGUGGAGUCCUGGAUCUGUUCCUUGCCCAACCGUUCGGUGCUCGAUCAUUACUCCAACGUAUAUUUGGUAUGGCCAUCAAUGAUGGUGUCAACUCUGUGCAGAAGACAAUCGAUACACUCGGUUCUACCAGGAUCAAGGAUGACGUGCUUUGCGACAAGAUCAAAGCAUACGUACAAGCAGACGAGGGCGUUAAGGAAGCGAUACGACAGGAAGCUGCGCGCGAUAACGUCGAUGUGGUGGUGACUAUACUACGUUCUGAGUUUUUCCAACCAGAGUUAUCUUCGCAACAAGUGGAGAAGGUUUUCAAUGCCUACGUUGCAUGGAACAACGCGGUCGAAAAUGUGAGAUCGCGCCGCCUCAGUAGAACAGCUAGCAGCCGCAGCAGUGUCAGUACAGCAACUAACGCGACCGGCCAGGUCGAAAAGGAGAUGCGAUCAGGUGCUGAGCUCUUCGCGCACCUGAAACAGUACUUGAAGCUCUGCCUAAGACAAAGAGACAAGUUGAUGAUGUUACAAAUCAUCGAAGAGCCCACGACUCUCCAACUCUUCCGAGAUCUAUUCACCAUUUUCUACGAGCCACUUGUCCGUGUCUACAAGUCCGCGAACGUAUACAACAGUAUUACUGAUUUUGCCAUGUUCGCCGAUGACACCAUUAAGACAAUUGAAGCUUGCCAACGGCAAGAAGUUUCUGCAGACCCCAAUCAAACCGUGCAAGCUUUUAUCGAUCUGUGCGCUCGUCACGAGGGUAACUUCUACAAGUUCGUUCACGAGGUCCACAAACACGACAAUGGUCUUUUUGACCAGCUCAUGGGCUGGUUAGAGGGUAUAUUGGAUUUCCUACGCCAUGGGCCUGGAAGUGGCGGCAAGCUCGACAUGAAUGCACUCUUCCAGGGUGGUAUGGAUUCAAACUUGGUCGACAAGAACAAGGCGAUUCGCGAGAUCAACAGUCUCAUCAAGUGGCAAAUGGCGCGGAAGAAGUGGCAUUCAGACAAGACCAGACAGAAGAUGGCGAGUGGUGGUGACGAUCCUGACCCGCUUAUGGGCGGUAUUGCUGGCUUCAAGUCGAGUGACUUUGGACUCAAUGCGAUGGAUCUCCAAGACCUUGAACUCGAUGAUGAUGGUAGCGACUCGACCGACUCAGAAGACAUGGACGACACAGAUGUAGCAGAUCCAAUCGAAGCCGAGCGCAAGAGCCGAGCGCGCGCUGCUGAGAAGCUUAGGAGAAAGGCUGGCGAACCCAAAAAGCCGGCAAUCGUGGAGCUGUACAAGCUCAGCGAGGGUUUCAACAGCAUGCUCAGGAACCCCGUCAACAUGCCCGCGAAAUCGCGAUUCACGAGGCUCGAUGCCUUUACCAAGACGGUCGAAGAUGCGCGCGUGCGCACAACAUCCGGUGGGGUUGUCACCAUAGUCAGCUUGUUGGUUGUCUUUUGGUUAACGUGGGGCGAGUGGGCCGAUUACAGGAGAGUAACGGUACGGCCAGAAUUGGUGGUCGAUAAGGGCAGAGGCGAACGCAUGGAGAUUGCCCUGAACGUAACGUUUCCAAGAGUGCCAUGCGAACUACUCACUCUCGAUGUCAUGGAUGUAUCUGGCGAGUUGCAAAUGGGCGUCACGCACGGUAUCAACAAGGUUCGACUAAGUCCUGAGAAGGAGGGUAGCAAAGUCAUCGACAUCAAGGCUUUGGAUCUGCACGCUGACGAAGCGUCACAUCUGGCCCCCGACUACUGCGGCGAAUGUUACGGCGCCCCUUCCCCCACCAACGCAAUCAAACCUGGCUGUUGCAACACCUGCGACGAAGUCCGCGAUGCUUAUGCCUCGAUCUCAUGGUCCUUUGGCCGUGGAGAGGGAGUCGAACAAUGCGAGAGAGAGCACUACGCCGAACAUCUCGAUCAACAACGCCAGGAAGGAUGUCGUCUUGAGGGCAGUGUCCGUGUCAACAAGGUCGUCGGAAACUUCCACAUUGCUCCUGGAAAGUCCUUCUCCAACGGCAACCUGCACGUCCACGAUCUCGAGAACUACUUCAAGGAUGAGUACGCGCACACCUUUACCCAUCGGGUCCACCAGCUUCGCUUUGGCCCUCAGCUCAGCGAUAUGGUCGUCCAAGACAUGCAGAGGAAACACCAAGGCUCAGCCGCCGGUGGAUGGUCGAACCACCACAUCAAUCCUCUCGAUGACACCGAGCAGCACACCGACGAGAAGGCAUACAACUACAUGUACUUCAUCAAGGUCGUGUCGACCGCUUACCUGCCUCUCGGCUGGGAGAAGGAGAUUAGUCGUCCCGGUAAACAAGAUGAGCUGCUCGGCGCCACGAUUGAUGCUACAUAUAAGGGCAGUAUUGAGACGCACCAGUACUCUGUUACUAGUCAUCAUAGGAGUCUCCAGGGUGGUACCGAUGAGAAGGAGGGUCACAAGGAAAGAAUCCAUGCCAGGGGAGGUAUUCCCGGCGUUUUCUUCUCUUAUGACAUUUCACCAAUGAAGGUCAUAAAUCGCGAAGUCCGCGAGAAGACUUUCUCUGGCUUCCUCGUCGGUCUCUGCGCCGUAAUUGGUGGUACUCUCACCGUCGCUGCAGCCGUGGACCGGGCACUCACAACCAACGUACUCCGAUUAAAAAUGAACGAUCAACCAAGAGGCGGACGGGGGCGGGGCCGGGGUCGAGGACGCGGGAACUGGAGCGUUUCUUUCACACCACAAAACCACGAUGACGAUCAGAUGAUGCUUGAUGGUGACUCCUCACGUGGACGAGGCAGAGGAAGGGGACGAGGAAGAGGAGGAUUCAGGGGCGGUCCAAACAGUUUCCAGCAUGAAAACCGUUCACGAGAACCAUUAGUCGACAAAGACAUGCUUGCAAAGCUGAAAUCGAAUCCAUCCUACGCGCUUAUGGAAGGCUUCCUCGGACGACGUUACGAUGCAGCCAACAAAUUACUAAACCUCUCGACUAUUGCCGGAGAUCAAGAGAUCCUCCAAUCUGGCAUGUUUGCCUCAGAAGGUGCACAGAAGAAGUUCUUCCCUGCCCUCAUGAUCGUUUGCGAUGCCAUUCUUGAGACGCUAGAAGCAAAAGAGCAAGCAAUCCACAGCGUCACACUCGCCGGCAAUAACCUCCAAAAUACACACGCUGUUUACCAACUCUGCAAUCAUUUCCGCCACAUCCAGAACCUUGAUCUCAGCAACAACGCUUUUGCGACGCUGGACGCGCUAAAGCCUUGGAAAGGCCGCUUCAGGAACGUCGAACACCUCAUUGUCGACCCGUUCCCAACACCCAACUGGGAGGAUGAGAUCAUCUCUUGGUUUCCUAAACUCAAAAUUUUGAAUGGCAAUCAGGUUCGACCUGACGCAGCAGUGGCAAAGAACAACGCAGCAAACGCACAUCAAAUACCAUCAUCCACCACACCAACACCUAUACCAACGACUAUCGACCCGGAGCAGCAAAGAAAAGAAGAGAUGAUCCUCUAUGUUCAGCGCGAAACCAACCUCAAGCGCGACUAUGCCAUUCAAUGUCUGGAAGCUGGCCAGUGGAACAUCGAGCAAGCAGGCGCUCUCUUCGCACAAAGUCGAGAGUCUUUGCCAGCUGAAGCGUACAACUAG